UAAAUAGCAAAUGGUCCCUGGGCUAGCGGUCGGCCCACGUGCUUGUCACCUUGGCACGCGAGGGUUUUGCCUUUAAUGUAGAGGACGAAACCUAUCGAUAUAUUGCUUAACGGCUAUGUUACCAUUUUGCUUCUUUGUCGCUUUUACUCCAACCAAACAAAAUAUUUGCUUCCAAGCGUUUCAAGUCAAAAUACAUAUAUAACCUUCUUAACUAUUACGAGUGAAUCAUACUUUAGUACUUUUAUUGGAUUAGUACCCACGUUGUAAAAUAACAGAGGAAAAAGACUAAAGAGUUGAGAAUUUCUGGAUAGUUUCAUUAUAGUGUCGAUAUAUACAUACAUGUAUAUGCAGAAGAUUAUAUCUAAUUUUCUUUAAAUAAAGAUUGUCAAAUAUUAACAAGAAAUAUCACAAUAAUCCCUAAGAUCCUAAACUUGUGGGAUACGGGAUUCGUAUCUCCAACGCACUUGGUAAUUAAUACGUGUUGUUAGAGGGAAAAAAGCUUUUAUAGAUUGCGUUUUGUAGGGAUAUUUCUGUUUUCACAGAAAGGAAGAUGAAGAACAUCAACAAUGGCUUCUUCCUCUGCAUGCUUUUACUCCUCUGGUGUUUUGUGCAUUCGGGGAUUUCCAUUGAUCCUUUCUCCCAAAGCGACUCUCUCAAAACAGAGUGUGUAAUGAAGCCUCCACGAAGCAGUGAAACGCAAGGAUUAUUACAAUUUAGCCGUUCUGUCGAAGCUGACUCUGAUGAAGAAUGGAAAAUAGAUGAAAAUGGAUCCAUUAGAGAAAUGACACAGAGAAUUCAGCUUCAACAAGGAAACAUCUACAGCUUCUCCGCUUGGGUGAAGUUGAGAGAAGGAAACAAGAAGAAAGUAGGAGUUGUAUUCAGGACAGAAAAUGGAGUUGUUCAUGGAGGUGAAGUUAGGGCAAAGCAAGGAUGUUGGACUUUACUUAAAGGUGGCAUUGUGCCAGAUGUUUCAGGCUCUGUAGAUAUUUUCUUCGAGACUGAUGACAAAGAAGCAAAGAUUUCUGCAAGCGAUGUGUCGCUGAAACAGUUCAGCAAAGAAGAAUGGAAACUGAAACAAGACCAACUUAUUGAAAAGAUAAGGAAGAGCAAAGUGAGAUUUGAAGUAACUUAUCAGAACAAAACUGCGGUAAAAGGCGCAGUGAUAUCCAUAGAACAAACCAAACCAUCUUUCCUCUUAGGGUGCGCAAUGAAUUUCCGGAUCCUACAAAGCGAAGGGUACAGAAAUUGGUUUGCGUCGCGGUUUAAAAUCACAUCCUUCACCAAUGAAAUGAAAUGGUAUACAACGGAGAAAGAACGUGGUCAAGAGAACUACACGGCAGCUGACUCAAUGCUGAAAUUUGCGGAAGAGAAUGGAAUAUUGGUUAGAGGUCAUACUGUGCUGUGGGACGACCCAAUAAUGCAACCAAGUUGGGUACAAAAAAUAAAAGACCCAAAUGAUUUGAUGAACGUGACAUUGAACCGGAUAAACUCGGUAAUGACGAGAUACAAAGGGAAGUUAACCGGGUGGGAUGUGGUUAAUGAGAACGUGCACUGGGAUUACUUUGAGAAAAUGCUUGGUGCAAACGCUUCGUCAAUUUUCUACAAUUUGGCUUUUAAGCUAGAUCCUGAUUUGACAUUGUUCGUUAACGAGUACAACACGAUAGAGAAUCGUGUAGAGGUUACCGCGACGCCGGUUAAGGUGAAAGAGAAGAUGGAGGAGAUUCUUGCAUACCCAGGUAACAUGAACAUUAAAGGAGCAAUUGGAGCUCAGGGUCACUUUCGUCCAACUCAGCCUAACUUAGCUUACAUGAGAUCUGCAUUGGAUACUUUAGGCUCAUUAGGUUUGCCUAUUUGGCUUACAGAGCUUGAUAUGCCUAAGUGCCCUAAUCAGGAGAUAUACAUUGAAGAAAUUCUGAGGGAAGCAUAUUCGCAUCCUGCGGUUAAAGGCAUCAUAAUAUUUGCUGGGCCUGAGGUGUCUGGUUUCGACAAGCUAACACUUGCGGACAAAGACUUCAACAACACUGCAACAGGAGAUGUAAUUGACAGUUUGCUCAAGGAGUGGCAGCAAUCUUCAGAGAUUCCAAAGAUUUUUAUGAAGGAUUCCGAGAAUGACGAAGAAGAGGUCUCAUUGUUGCAUGGAUAUUACAAUGUGAAUGUAAGUCAUACAUGGAUGAAGAACAUGUCCACCAGUUUCAGUUUGGAGGUAACUAAGGAGAUGGGUCAGCGUCAGGUGGUUAGAGUUGUAAUUAAUGCUUGAAAUUACAAUAAUAUGUGAUAUUUUCAUAAAUUCCUAAUCGUAUAAAGCUCGAAAAGUCUUCUACCAUGAAUCAUAACGUCUUCUUCUACAGGAGCUUCUUGAA